GCGCAUUUAGUGCAACAAACGUGGCAGACGGCGUUAUGUUUUUCUAGAGCGGUGCGGCGUUGAACAACUGUGAUCGUAACUAUUCAAGUUUCAGGCACGCAUUAAGAACAAAAAAAUGCACCCAGUGUACAUAGCGCUAAGGACGGCCGUCGUGGUGUUGUGCAUCGCCUACACCCGUGCCCUGUUCAUCACCGUAGAUGCUCACGCCGAAGAGUGCUUCCACGAUGAGGCGAAAUCAGGCACCAAGAUGGGUCUCACGUUCGAAGUCGCCGAAGGCGGAUUCUUGGACAUCGACGUGAAGAUCACUGGGCCCGAUGGUAAAGUGGUUUACUCCGGAGAGCGCGAGUCUAGUGGAAAAUACACGUUUGCGGCAUACGCUGACGGAGUCUACCGCUACUGCUUCAGCAACGCCAUGUCCACGAUGACACCGAAGAUCGUCAUGUUCUCCAUGGACAUUGGUGACGCCCCAACCAAAACACAGGAAGGAGAGGAAGUGCAUGAAAACAAGCUGGAAGAGAUGAUCAAGGAGCUGUCUACAUCUAUGACUGCCGUGAAGCACGAGCAAGAGUACAUGAUGGUCAGGGACCGCAUCCACAGAUCCAUCAACGACAGCACCAACUCGAGGGUUGUGAUGUGGGCCUUCUUUGAAGCCGUCGUGCUCGUUGCGAUGACCUUGGGCCAGGUCUACUACCUGAAGAGGUUCUUUGAAGUUCGAAGAGUUGUGUGAUUUGAAUCGGGACAAAAGGGUGGUUCGCGUGGUGUUCGCUGGCAAAAGUUGGGGAAGGGGAGCGCAAGACUUAAUCACGUGACUUCUGCAUUGCCUGUGAAAAUGAGUUCAGUGUGAUCUUUUUUUUUUUCUCAUUAUAGUGCCUCCUUUUCUUUCUCUUUUUACAAAAAUUCUUGCGACUUUGGUUUCCGUCACAUUUCUUACUUUACUUCUGGUUUCUGUUCAGAAUGAAGCCAGGUUUUUCAGCACAUAAGUCAUACACUGAUCUGGACACUCAGUGGUUUGAUUAAAACAAAUUGUUUCUUUUUGGAAAUCUGUGCACUUUCUUAAAGCAUGGUUAGAGCACUGUGCUUUAAUUUCUUUGUCUUGCAUCCUAGCCUUAUAUUUGCAAACUUACACGUGUGCAAUGUAAAGCCAUAAUCUUCAUGGACUGUAGAGGUGAUAAUAUCUCAUUAAACCUAAAAUACCAUUGAGGAAAGCUUAUUUAAAUAAUUAAGGAUCAACAAUCUUUCAGCACUUCAUAGCAUUGUUGUAGGAUUCUGUACAGCUGCUUCCAUGAAAAAUCCAACUUUGUGACACCUACCUGAUCUUUGCUUGAAGUGAUGGCGCUGCUAACACGAAAACUGACACCACUCGGUUAUGGAAAGCCUUGUAUACUCCUUCAGAUGGAGUAGAGGUGGAAAAUUUUGUUUAAUCAGCAAUAAUAAUAUGUGUGUCUGUAACAUCUUUUUUUCCUUUUCUAUGAGCAGUUACACUUGCACUUCCAGUGUCAAGUGCUCUUACCUCCUUUUGGUGCAUGGCACAUACAUUGUCAUUUUAGCAGGUAGGAUGUGAACAAAUUAAUGCGUUUCAAGGUUUCUCAGCUUCUACAGACGAGGUUGAUCAUUCACGCUAAUCCCAGAUUCAUUUGUGUUGAAUGUAAUGAUGCUGCAGUAAUUGAGGUUCUCAGAUUUCUGCAUGACGAUUGGAAUGUUUUCAAAUUCUCAGUAUUUAAAACGUUAAAAGUAGUUCCAUGGGACACCACUGUGUCAUAUGCACAGUGCACAGUGGGGUUUACAUUUAAAAGUACAGGUCGUGUGUUCCUGGAGCUCAGUGGUUAUAGUGUGGAUGUUGCAUACAGAGCAUAAAGGCUACUCUCAGUACAAUCAACCAGGUAAAAAACACUUGCAGUAUAAAGCCAUUGUGUCGUGCACAACACUUGCAGUUUGUGGCUGUCCCAAAGGCACCCAUUUCCACUUGUUAGUAUACCGAACAGCAGUAAGUUCAUUUGUCGAACAGCCAGUGCAGUUGAUGGGUUAGUGAGUUAUUGCAUUCGUAAAUAGUAAGCACCAUAGGUUCACAGGCCACAAGUCAUAUGCAGUAACUCGAGAAACUUGAAAACUCAUACACAUCAUUGCAAGAUAUGCGUCUCCUAUGUGCUGCACUUUAUUACUGUUUCUACAGUAUGCUUUACUGUGUUGUGCGAGUAGCAAGCUAGGCAAGGCUCGCUCCUGUGAUGUGCAGUUUCAUUUGAGCAAGUGCAUACAGCAAACGUCGGCAUCCUUAUGCAGCUCUGCUGUAUGCCUGAUUGAGUGAAAGCUACAGUGAUGCCAGUCAAGUUCUGUGUUGCACUGCUGCUACUUUCUGGAUACCAGUGUAUGCUCAAGAAUAACAUUCAGCGCCCUUGGCUUGCCUUGCUACUUGCUGUUUGUGUACUGCUAAUAGAAAACUGAAGUUAUCGGACUUGGGUGAUGUGGUUUACAGGGAUUGAAACAAAUUUCUAAGAGUAAUACAAUUGUGGUGGAAAUAUUGCAGACAUAUGAGAGCAGUCAUUCUUUUUGAGUUUUUGAACAGUUUUUGAGCGUGCAAUUCAUGGCCCUUAAAAUACAUCAGGAGGCAUUGUUAAAAACUUAGUAGCCACGUUGUAGUGGCCAGUCGAGCUGUUUUCUUCCUGUGAAACAGAUUGGUCUGUGCGACACUGUGUUUACAUUGCUGUUGGAUCUCUCACAAAUUUAAGGUUUAAACUUUUGCUUGAAAACUUCUCAUCAUGGACGUUCGUGCAUAUGGGUGUAAUAAAGCUGCGUGCCUUCAAGACU